UGCGCGCGGGUGACCGCUCCGCGCUUGCCGUAGUCGAGGCCCUCUGGGGAUGACGUUGCCGAGCGAGUUUGCGCGCGGAGUCCAUCGCCUCCUCCUCGUCCUCGCGUGGCGGUGCCGGCGGUGAUGGUGGAGCCCGGCGAGGAGGCCAUGCGGCAACUCUUCAAGUUCUACCGCCGGCGCUGCCCAGCGCCCGACCUGGGCGGCGUGCUCGACCUGCGCGAGGCUGCACGGCACCCGGACACGGUUUACCGCACCCGGCUAGAGGCCUCGGCACUCGACGAUGAGGCCCAGCGAGUGGGCCUGCAGCCUGCGUCGCAGUGGAGGGCCUACGGCCUCAACGGAUACCCCGGUUUCAUCUUCAUCGUAAACCCCUUCCUGCCGAGCGGCCAGCGCUUCUGGGUGCGCCAGUGCCUCAAGCUGUACCCGCGGAAGCCCAACGUGUGCAACCUGGACGCUCACGAUCCGCAGCGCGACGACGUGUGGGCCUCAGGCAUCAGGGCCGGCAAGAGCCCGCGGGAGCCGCGGAGCCUCCUGGAGAAGCUGCGCUGGGUCACGCUGGGGUACCACUACAACUGGGAUACCAAGCGCUACUCUGCGCACCACCGCUCGAGUCUCCCCGUGGAGGUCUCCGCGCUGGCCGCGAUCCUCGCCGCCGCCUGCGGCUUCCCCACGUUCUGUGCCGAGGCGGCCAUCUUGAACUUCUACCGUGCCGACUCGGCCCUGGGGCCUCACGUGGACGAGUCGGAACUGGACCUCAGCCAGCCGCUCGUCUCCUUCAGUUUUGGCUGCUCUGCGGUGUUCCUGCUCGGUGGGCUGCGGCGCGAAGACCCGGCGCUGCCAAUCUUCAUGCACAGCGGCGAUGUCAUGGUGAUGUCGGGGGAGUCGCGGCUGCGCUACCACGCCGUGCCACGCAUCCUCGACUCGGGCGGCACGCUCCCGGAGUGCCUGCGGGAGCCCUCGUGCCCACGGGAAGCCGCGGGCGGAGAGGCGGGCGGAGAGGCGGGCGGCCACGCGGAGCCGGAUCCCUUGGCCCGGGGCGACCCCGGGGCGAGUGCCACGGAGCCGGACGCCGUGAGCGCCGCCGACUGGGAGGUGUGCGCGCGCUACCUGCGCGAGUCACGCGUCAACGUGACGGUGCGGCAGGUGGCCGCCCCCGGGGAAGCCGUGCCCAACACGGAGCCGCCGCCACUCCACCAGAACGCCGCUGCCAUCGUCACCCAGCAGGGCGGCUACAACGACGGUGAUGCUCACAACCACGAUGAAGAAGGCCACCGCCAUAGUAAAGAAGACACAGGAUAGCCGUGCAGAAUUAUGGGAACGGGGGAUUAUGGGAAUGGGGGAUUAUGGGAGCGGAGAACGUAUCGACGCACGCGCUUGGGCAUAACGGCUGAGGAUGAUGAGAUCCGUGCCACCAGGGUUGACGUCGAUGCCGCGUUGGCUCGUGCAUUCAAGUUGGGAGACCAGCAGCAGCACCAUAGAGAGAGAGAGAGAAACGUUCAAGCGGUAAUAAUUACGUUCACUGCCCAGGGAUGUUUUGCCACAAUACAUCGGUUGUUACGCGUUACUUUUAAACGUGCGUCUAUCUUUAAAGUGCCAAUUCCCGUGCAGCAAUCGAAUGAACUGUGACAUUUUAAGGAAAUAAAGGAUUUGUGCGAUGGGUACACGGUUCCCA